AUGGAAAGCAGAGAAUGUGAUAUAAGAAUAAUAAAUGGAACAAGUUGCGCAUUUUAUAGAUAUAUGCACUCAGUUAAACAUGGAGUAUGGGUAAUAAAUCCCCCUGAAUGCUUAAAUAGCAAAGGGGAAGGUAAAUGCGUAGCCAGAUUUACAAAAACAAUGGGUAAUUUUUACGGUAUUUUACAAUAUUGUGUAGUAAUAAAUAAUGAAGAAUAUAUUUUAGAUUCUCGUUUUGAUAUUCCUCUAUUAGGUGAUAAUACUGCAUCUGCUGUAUUGGGUAUGAAUUUAAAAAAUGAAACAAAACAAAUCUUAUCACACCAAAAAUAUUUUAUUGUUAAGCAUAGUCAUGAUAAUACAUAUAACAGCAAGUUUUAUAUAAAUAUAUUAGAAACAGAGGAAGGUAGAAAGUUUAUUGAAUACCACAAAAAACGACUAAAAAAAGGGUUAAUAAGAAUACUAAAUAUACGAAGUAUAGAAGAAAAGGAGAAAAUAAGAAAAACAAAUAUGGAAAAUGCUAUGAGAAAAAAUGAAAAUAAUAGUAGUAAUAAUAUAAACACUAAUACAACUAAUAAUAAUGAUAAUACUGAUGUGUCAAUAGAAGAUAAAUUCCUUUAUAGCACAUAUAGAAAUGAGGAAAUAAUGGAAAUAUUACCCCUUAGUUUUAUAAUCAAUAUAAAAAAUUAUGAUUGGGAAACGAGAUUAAGAAAAUCUCAUAAAUCUCUUUAUAUUUUAAUUAUAAAUUUUACUAGACAAACAUUGGUAUUACCAGAUAUUAAAAAGGGUAAAUCAUCAGUAUUGACUGAUGGUAAUUGGGUGGAAUUUCCUAGUGAGAAAAUAGCAUCUCUUAGAUGCAGUGAAUUUGGUUGUAAUAAUGAUGGCAUGUUUUCAAGUAUUAAUGGAUACUGUAAAUAUAAAUUUAUGAACGAAUCAUGUUAUUUAAAUAUAUUUUGGGAUAUAAAUAAUGUUAAUUCUACCAUAAAAUGCAAUAUUAAAAAUACGACGAAAUAUACUAUUAUAAAAAAUGUAGAGAUAUACAAUGAAUGUACUGCUGUUUUUCAUAUAUUAGAAUAUUAUUAUUACCCACCUAUAAAAUUAUUAGAAUGUCGAGCACUAACAAAUAAUAUAAUAAAUAAUUAUGGAAUUAAUAAAAAUAAUAUUGAUGAAAAUAUGAAUAUUAUAUAUCAAUGUAGCAUAAGUGUUAUUAGACAAUUUUGUCAAUAUUUACAUAAUAAUGCACAACAAGAAAAUAAUACAAAUUGUGACUUAUUAAAUAUGUCUUGUUUAAAAACACUAAUGAAUGAUGAUUACAGUGAUAAUUUAAGGAAUAAAAAUAUAUUUUCUCCAGAUUUUUCAAAGUCAAAUAAAAUAAUAUCUGUAUAUUCUAAUGAAGUAGAUAAUGAUAAUUCUUAUUUAAAUGAUUUAAACGAUAAAAAAAAUGUAACUUUAGAUAAUGAUACUAUUGAUUAUACUGGUAAUGAAGAUUUCAGAAGAAAUAUACAUGAUCAUAAUUUACAUUUAUUAAGAAAAAAAAGAAAUGUAAAUUCAAAUUCUUUAUGUUAUAUUAACCGAAAAAAUAUUUUUACUAAUAUUAAUAUUACUGCAGCUAGAGAUUUUUUUUGUUAUAUGCAUGGAAAUAAUUACUCAAACAAUAUUCCUAUAAAUUCAUAUUUAUAUAUUUCAUGGAAUAUUGGAAAUAUUAUUUAUAGAAAUUUAUAUAAUUCUAGUGAGAAUAUAAUAAUUAAUGCUCACAGUUUAUUAAGCAGUCAUAAUAUAAAUGAUGAUGUUAUACUUAAAUUAAAAAUUGAUGAAAAUAACCGAAGAAUAUAUCCUUCUCAUUUAAUACAAAAUCUAUUAAUGAAUGUUAAAAGUGAUAUAUAUAUAAAUAAUGAAUGUGUAGUCUUAGAUAUUAUAUUAAACAUUUUUCACAUUUUAUCAGCACAUUUAUCACCUAUUAUAGAACAAAUUAUGGAAAUGGAAUAUGGAGAUAGAUGGCUAAUAGAUAGUAAAAUUCCAAAAAGUAACAUUUGGGAAAAAUCUAAAGGUAAAAACGAAUUGGAUAUAGAAGGGAUUAUACAUAUUCUUACAACUUUUUGGAUGGACAUUUUUGAAAAUCGAAUAAAAAAUAUUAUGAUUUUAGAAAAUUUGCAAAAGGCUUCAAUUUUUUGGGCUAAUCAGGAAAUCGACCAAUUCGAUCAAGAAUUUGUUAAAAAAUUAAUUGAAAGCUCUUCUUUGCUUUUGAAAAUUUUUGGAGAUUAUAAUACAGCAAAAAGCAUUGAGAAAUUUUACUACAACAAGUACUCGAUUUUUAACGAUAUUUGUGUGGAUUAG